AUGGAUGACCACACUAUGCUUAAUGAGUGCUUCGCUCAGUAUAUAGACAUAAAGAAAAAGACUGAUGAAAAGCGCAGAGAGCUGCUUGGUCUGCAGCAAAGAAGGGAUGCACUACUGGAUCUUCUUGUUUUUGUGAAGGGACAGAGACCCUUGAAGUAUACAGAAUUUGAGACUGAAAGUACUUUUCCAAUUGUCCUAGGGAAGGCACACUCUAAGUUCAGUCUGACCUCAAUUGGAAUACUUCCCCCUGAGGAAUAUACUUCAUUCUACAGCCCAAUGUACAUAUAUCCAAUAGGAUACAAAAUAAAGAGGAAGUAUGCGUCUCCAGAGAAAAGUGAUCAAAAACUAACGUAUUUCUGCCAGAUUCGGUCAGUAAACGGGGAAUGUGUCUUUGAAAUUCGUGCAACCGGAGGAAAGCACUGGGCAGGCUCACGAAGCCAGGUGUGGAGUGCAUUUACAAGUGAGUUCCAGAAGAUCUCUUUUUCCAGCUUGGAGGAGUUCUUUGGACUAACAAACGAGACAACAACUAAGCUAAUUGAAGAAAUGGGAGAUAUUUCACCAUUUACAACAUAUGUUCCUAUGAGACAGCGUGCAAGAAAAAUAAAGAAAGCCAAGAGAGAAGAAGACCUAUAA